CUAGUUUAGCCAUAGAGGACUGUGAGGAUGCUGAACUGGCGUAUACCAUGAGAGAUCUUCCUCCUAAAGCCGGUCACACUUUCCCUGGACAUGAGAUGCCCAAGAUGGACAGGGUGCCAGAGGGCAGCACCCACCCUGACACCCCAGGGAUGCCCAUGUUCACACGCCCCAUGAAUAAAAGUUUCCUGGGCUCAGAGCCAGAGUUACCCCGCCGCGGCCAGCUCAAUUCAAUGAGUUCCCUGGAGUCUCCCCUCAGCCCCUCUCGACCAAAAAGUCCAUGGGGCAGAUUUGACCCCUACGACUCUGCUGAGGAUCAAGAUAAGGAGUAUGUUGGCUUUGCGACACUGCCUAACCAAGUGCACAGGAAAUCUGUGAAAAAGGGGUUUGCCUUUACUCUUAUGGUGGCAGGGGAGUCAGGUUUGGGGAAAUCUACACUUGUCAACAGUCUCUUCCUCACAGACCUUUAUAAAGACAGGAAGAUGCUGAAUGCUGAGGAGCGUAUCACACAGACAGUAGAGAUCACAAAACACACUGUGGCUAUAGAGGAGAAAGGAGUCAAGCUGAGACUCACCAUCGUGGAUACACCAGGCUUCGGUGAUGCUGUCAACAACACUGAGAGCUGGAGGGCAGUAUUGGACUACAUUGACCAGCAGUUUGAGCAGUACUUUCGUGAUGAAAGUGGACUCAACCGUAAGAACAUUCAGGACAACCGUGUGCACUGCUGCCUCUACUUUAUUUCACCAUUUGGCCAUGGUCUCAGGCCAAUGGAUGUGGAGUUCAUGAAGGUAUUACAUGAGAAGGUCAACAUAGUACCUGUGCUGGCCAAAGCAGACAGUCUCACUCCAGUGGAAGUCAGACAGAUGAAAAUGAAGGGUCCGCACAUGAGAGCUGCCAUGUUUGAAUCACAUCACCAGCCAAAUACUACUCACUUAAUCUCAAUCCGUGAGGAGAUCGAGAAGUUUGAUAUCAACAUCUACCAGUUCCCUGAGUGUGAUUCAGAUGAGGAUGAGGAGUCCAAACUUCAGCACCAGGAACUAAAGGACAGUAUUCCUUUUGCAGUGAUUGGCAGUAACAUCCAGGUUGAAAGCAAAGGCAGACGGUUUAGAGCUCGCCAGUAUCCAUGGGGUGUGGUGGAAGUGGAGAACCCCGAACAUUCAGACUUCCUAAAGCUGAGGAACAUGUUGGUGCGCACGCACAUGCAAGACUUGAAAGACAUAACACGGGAAAUCCAUUACGAGAACUACCGCGCUCAGUGCAUCCAGAAUAUGACGCGUAUGGUGGUCAGGGAGAGGAAACGCAGUCUAUGUAACCAGCUGAGACAGAGCACCUCAGAUCUGCCUGUGCCUCUGAUGCCUGUGGACAAUGAAACUGAGCACCUUAUUUGGGAGAAAGAUGAGGAGUUGCGGCGAAUGCAGGAGGUUCUACAGAGGAUCCAAGAACAGAUGCGUCACGGACAUUAAGUGUUACAGUUCUAAAACAAACGUAUCUAUUAAUUAAAAUAUGGUUCAGAUGGAAAUAUGUGUAGAAAUGUAUAAGGUUUAAGGUGCAAGAAAUAAUAUAUUUACUGUUAACUUAUUUUGCUGAAAUAUGUGUAUGUGUUAAAGGGAUAGUUCACUCAAAAAUGAAAAUUCUCUC